CUAUGGGUCUCACACAUUUUAAAAGUGGAACCAAGUGUCUGUAGGAGUUGUGUGUGCUGGGAACACUUUAUCUGAAACACCGGAAUCGCGCUCUCUGUGGAGAUUGCCGAGGAUCAUGCCGAAGUUUUACUGUGAUUACUGUGACACCUACCUAACACAUGACUCGCCAUCAGUGAGGAAGACCCACUGCAGUGGCCGAAAACACAAAGAAAAUGUAAAAGAUUACUACCAGAAAUGGAUGGAGGAGCAGGCUCAGAGCCUCAUUGAUAAAACAACGGCUGCCUUCCAGCAAGGAAAGAUUCCUCCCACACCGUUCCCAGGCGGUCCUCCCCCAGGUGGUCCUCCUCGACCAGGCAUGCUGCCCACACCCCCCAUGGGAGGUCCGCCUAUGAUGCCCAUGAUGGGACCUCCACCACAUGGAAUGAUGCCAGGAGGACCAGGAGGCAUGAGGCCGCCGAUGGGAGGACCCAUGCAGAUGAUGCCAGGACCGCCACACAUGAUGCGUCACCCUCGACCCAUGAUGAUGCCAGUCAGGCCGGGCAUGAUGCGACCAGACAGAUAAGAGCGAGCCGAGCGACUCCCUUCUUUGUUGCCAUGAACAGACGCUGUCUAGUGAGGACACUCGCUGUCACACUUUGAUUUGUGGAUACAACUUUCUAAAGUCUCAGACGUCUUCAACCACAAGAUCCCUGUUACGUCAUACAUCUACUCAGUUUUUUACUGGAGCCAUUGUAUUUAUGUCAACUCAUCUUUUUAGAUUUCAUCAUAAAAGCCUCUUUUACCUGGAAAGUAACAUCUUCUUUGAGAGUGUUCAGAUCCUAAAAUCAUCCCUCACUUUGACAAACUGUUCAGCAGGCAGAUUUCUGAAGCCUGUUUGAUUUACUUGUG